AUGGCUGUAUCGAUUCUCUUGUCGGCGCCCGGUGACCCCUGUGCGCUGGCUCCUCUGAAAUACGAGGGUCAGGAACUAAAAUUAGAGGACUAUGAUCGAUGGCCUUCUAGGACGCCUACUAGCGAUCAUGUCCUAUCGCGAGAGGGGCUAAAAAGGGAGAGCACCGUAUUCGGAUUGUCAGAUAGACGGACUUAUCCAUCGAAUUGGGUUCUGCAAAAACGGACGGGAAUGGCACGGAAACAACGAAGAUGGACAGCGGAAGAAGACGCACAGCUUCAGGAAGGUGUUCAGGCAGCUAUCAACGGCUCCCGCCCACUUCUUUGGCGGGAAAUUGCGAAGAGCGUCCCUGGACGAAGCAAUAAGGACUGCCGACGACGCUGGUGCAAUUCCCUAGCGGGCUCCCUUUCCAAAGGCCAUUGGACGGAAUCGGAAGAUGAGAGGUUGUGGACAGCCGUACAGAAACAUGGAACCCAAUGGGCGGUGGUGGCCCAAGAGGUUGGCACCCGGAGUCCUGACCAGUGCUCCAGCCACUGGAGCCAUACCCUCAAUCCGGACAUUGAUUUCAGUGAGUGGACUCAGCAAGACGAUGAGACUCUGUUGCAAGCGGUCCAACAACAUGGCACCACCUGGACAACUAUUGCUUCCAAGCAUCUCCCCAAUCGGACGGCCCUAGCCAUCCGGAACCGUUUCAACGCUCUGAAUGCCCGGAUGGAGGGGAAUCGGAAGGCCCCCUCGGCCGAGGGGGCCGGCAUCCGCGCAGGAGCCAGUCCCCAUUCCCGGAAUUGGCCCAAUCGGGACGACGGUCGUCAGCUGUACCCGUCUUGUAUCUCAGACUGGCCCGAGGAUGAGGAUGACGAUUCAGAAGAUGGGGGAGAUGACAAUGAUCAAUAUGGCCCCUGGCACGGGAAACCGACACCGUUGUCAAGUCCACCCAGCGGAAGCCUUGCGAGGCCCAAGGGCUUGGUAGGCUUGUCAAGGACCUCAUCCAUAUUGGCACCGGCCCAUCGUCAGGGUCAAUCUUACUCUUCCCACCUGUCCCAAGAUUCAUGGACUCCAAUCACCCCCCAAACCUCCGAUUCCAAUGUGUUCCCCAGUGUCAUGACAUCGGGCCUCAGCCCCUACCAUGAGCAUGCCAGCGUCAAGCACGCGUCGACAUCGGUGGGGUCAUUGACGUCUCCCCUGAUGGUACCAGACACUGCACACCUUUCAAGCGGUGCUCUGUCCUUCGACCAUUAUCUAGCUGGCGGUCCCCAAGCACAGCCUGGAUUGCCAGCCAAUACCAUGGCUGAGCUUCUGACUCCGCAAUCUCCCCUUGGCUUGACUACUCCCCCUAACCCUUUUCUAUCCGGUCCCAUCAAGUCUGGUCUUUCUCAAUGGCCCGCGGGUCCUACUGCGGAGACAUUCGAGGGGGCUGCAACCCCCCCGCAACAAGAUGGCCUAGGCCCUACAUUGCAUCGUAUAUCUAUAGAUAUGGAAUGUACAUCUGAGCAGCUAUCGCAAAUUAUGAGAGCUGCAGCGACCAUUGGUGGCAAAGUCACGUUAAGCAUUAAUCACCCAGAUGACAAACCCCGGUGUUGA